AUGCUCAGGGACGUCUCGGCAGCAGCGACAAUGGGCACUGGAGUCGCAUCUCUGAUUAUUGAAGGUCUCAGUACUGGUGGACUAUCUUACUGGGGCGUAUUGGGGUCUGCGACCAUCGGAAUGGGUGUCUUUGGCCAGGUACUGCUGGGCGCUGUAUACGGUGCUGCGAUGGUGUUACUGCACGUGGCUAUGUACGCCUCUUUGUUACUGCUGGUCCAACAGCACGACGCACUCACCUCGAGCUUUGGGCCGCUCUACGCUGCUAUUUGCUCACAAUUGAUUGUCAAUCUCUCGACCAGCCGAAUAUGGUUCGCAACGGUAUGCGCCGCUUCUACGUUUGUCUUCCUCGGUGAUACUGGAGCUUCGACAAGUAUGUCGCAUACGAAGCCAAGGAUGGUGAGGUUGCUCGUACUGAUUGCCGCCAUCUCCUUCGUCGCUCUUGCCAUCCUAUCGUGGCGGCAGCCCCUGCAUAUACCACGAUUUACGACUGGUCCCAGCGGCACAGCAGCGCCUUUGCUCGACACUAGCUUGUCCGCAGCUCCAGAUGAGGAGUACGGCCCACUGAGGUACUCGAACAGCCAUGUGCAUCCUGUGGACCAGCUAGUGCGUGAUGCGGAAGCUUCGUUCAUGUCGACACUGCAAAGGCAGUCGCAGACUUUGGAGGCAGCCGUGGUAGAGUACAAGCGGCGCUACGCACUGCCACCCCCUCCCAACUUCGACAAGUGGUUUGAUUUCGCCAAGCGGAAAGGUGUGCAGCUCAUUGACGAGUACGAUACCAUCUACCACUCCCUCCUUCCUUUCUGGGCACUGCCACCCGCGACGAUAAGAGCAAGGGUCAGAGAAGCUUUGGGAUUUGGUGGAAACAACUUGAUGGGCGUGUUGAUACGAAACGGAAAAGCAGUACACGUCGAGGCUGGGCCAGAGUGGAUGCAGGCCGCUGUCGUGGGCAUGAUGGAGCAGUUUGUAGAGUUCCUGCCGGACGUGGAUCUGGCGUUUAACGUGCACGAUGAGCCGAGAGUGGUUGUGCCGCACGAUGAGCUCUCGCGCUUGGUGAGGAUCGCUGUCAACCAAAGUCUACCGGCAGCACUGGCGCACGCGGCACCGAGGAAUGCUUUCUCGCCUCGACCAGACGACGUGAAGAACAGCAAGCGUAUCGCCGAGGUCAAGACAACCCGCUUCAACGUCUUUGCGCAUCAGCCGACGUGGAUACCGUCGCGCAUGUCGUGCUCGUCAGACAGUCCGGCUCGCUCACUCGAUGAUAAUACAUCCGAUAACCUGACAGCCUAUGCCCUGGACGACCUAGGCUUUGUCUACAACCACACUGCCUUCUCCGACAUCUGCAACUCACCCUCCUUCGGCUCCUCACACGGCUUUUUCGACCGCCCAAAUGCCUUCAACGUCAUCCACGAGCUCUUUCCUAUCUUCAGCCAGAGCAAGAUGAGUAGCUUCCAAGAUAUUCUAUAUCCUUCACCAUGGUACUGGUACGGGAAGGUGUCGUACGACAGUAAACAGGAUUACGACUGGAAAGCUAAGAUCAACAGUCUUUGGUGGCGGGGCAGCACCACGGGUGGUUUCAGCCGUGAUGGUGGAUGGAGAAGACAGCAUCGACAGAAGAUGGUUGGAAAGUUGAAUGCGCUUGAUCAGGCAAUGGUGCUGGGCGAUGUGAAGAAGACGCCGGAGGAUCUCCCGGAGUGGACGACGAAGAGUGUAUCACGACAGGAGUAUAAGGACAUCAUCGAUGUCCAUUUCUCUCACGUUGGCCAAUGCGAUCCGGGAGACUGCGACGCUCAGCGCGAAUUCUUCGACGUCAAACCGCCAGUGGAUCAGCAGGAUGCGUGGAAGUACCGAUUUCUACUCGACGUUGACGGCAAUGCGUUUUCAGGACGCUUCUACGCUUUCCUGAAAUCACAUAGUCUGACUUUCAAGAUGGCUGUGUUCAGAGAGUGGCAUGAAGAGUGGAUCAUGCCUUGGGUGCAUUACAUCCCGUUGAGUCUCAAAGGCGAAGAGGUGCUGGAGACGGUGAGAUAUCUGAGUGCUGAGAGCGAGGGAAAGAGUCAGGCUAUUCGAAUGGCGGAGGGGAGUCGUGAAUGGGCUGGGAAGGUGUUGAGGAAUGAGGAUUUUGAGGUGUGGUUCUUCAGGCUGUUGCUUGAGUACGGUCGAAUUGUAGAUGAUAAUCGGGAGACUAUCGGCUUUGCCGGCUCGUAG